AUGGCAACUUUGCAAUACGAUAUAAAUACAAAGAAAAUCAGUGGUUCUGGUACUGUUUUGGAAUCGCAGGAAAUUAACAUUGCACAAAUCAAUGCUUUGACACAAUCACUAGUCGCAGAAUCUAAUCCCAACUUUACUCCUCAACCUCACGAUGACUCAACUAAACUGAUUAAAAAUCUGUUCGAGAGCGGGUUGAAAAAUGCCAAACAGAACAGAUUGCCAGAAGCUUUGAAGAACAUCACGUUGGCGAUUGAAAUGGCUCAACGUAAGAGGGCACCCUGGGAAGCAUUUGCUGUUCAACUACAAGAAAUGCAAUUCAUGUUGCGUCACAAAAUAGAUCUUUCAUUGGUACAGGGAAAAUAUUUGGAUGCAUUGCAAGAUCUAGACAUGCUGCUUAAUACUGGCUUGGUUCAACCAGAAAUAAUGAUAAGGAAAACAGACGCUUUGCUUAAAUUAGGUCAGUUGGAUCAAGCACGUAUUGAUUGUGAAAGAGGCUUGAGUUUACAACCACAAAAUGUUAAACUAAAGGCUCUCAUGUUAGAAUGCACAAGACGUUUAGCUAAUUACAACGGCGAUAUUUAG